AUGCACCAAGAUACAAUUACGAUUAAUCCAUUAGAAUCAACUCAUUUCGGUUGUUCAAUUAGUUUACCAAAUUACUGCCAAAAUGAUCCUGCUAAUUUAAAUAAUGAAGACUUUAAAAAAUUAAAUGAAGCUGUUCAUAAAUAUCUAGUCGUUGUUAUCCCCAAUCAAGCCGAAUUAAAACCAAGUUCUCAAUAUUUAUUAACUAAAAGAUUUGAUCCUUCAAUUCCAGAAGCUAAAGAUUCUUCGGGUGGUUAUGGACAUGGUAAAGAAUUUAGACAUUCACAAUCUGUUUUAAAGAAAGAUGGUUGUUCAGUUAAAUCACAACCUCAAGUUCAAAUAUUAGGUCAAGGUAAACUUGAAGCAAAUGAAGAAGGUAAUGAAAAUGGUGAAACUAUAAAUUUAACUCAUCCUUCACAUACUACUUUUCAUCAUACCCCUUUAACUGAAGAAGAAAUUAAAAAUAAACAAACUAGAUUUUAUAGAUGGCAUAUUGAUAGUGCUUUAUAUGAUUUAUCACCGCCAAUGGUUACUACAUUAUUAGGUAUUAAAGUUCCACCAACUACACAAUAUCAAACUAUAAAAUAUGAUGAUGGGUCAGAAUUGAAAUUGACUCAAGGUGCUACUUGUUUUGUAAGUGGUGCUCAAGCUUUUAAAAAUUUGAGUGAAGAAGAUAAACAAUUUGCAUUAAAUACAAUUGUUGAAUAUGCUCCACAUCCAUAUAUUUUUAUAUCACCUGCAAAGGCAACUUCUGAUGGGUUAACAAUGGUGAAUGAAGAUAAAGAAAUGAGGUUUGAAGACUUGCCUGAAUGGGAAGAAUCAAAAGUUAAGAAAUUACCAAUGGUUUGGACAAAUCCAAUUACAAAAGAACAUCAUCUACAAGUUCAUGGAUGUUGUUUAUAUAAUUUACAUACAAAAACAGAAGAUGGUACUAAAACUUUAGGAUUAAAAGAAUCUAGAGAGAAAGUACGUAAAUUAAUGAGACCUUCAAUAUCACCAGAUCAAGUAUUAGCACAUUCAUGGAAACAAGGUGAUCUAGUAUUAUUCUUUAACCGUGGUGUUUGGCAUUCAGUUACUGGUGAAUUUAAAGGUCAAGGUACCAAUGGUCAAGAUGAAAGAAGAUUAAUGCAUCAAUGUAAUAUAGCAAGUGGUAUAGAUCCAAUAACAAAUAUAUAA